AUGGUAUCAGUCUGGGGCCCUGGAGCCAUCAAUCUCGACAAGCUCGCCGAAGAAGGCACCCCGGCAAAAUCCCAGCUCCUGUGGGGCCUACACCUAGACUUUGAAGAACAGGUUGUGGUCCUCCCGGAACCGAAGCGAAUAAAGGCGAAGUAUCUCUUAAGAGAGCCUCAGCUUCAAAGGGGGUGCCAACGAGUUCGUACCAAGCUGCUCCGAGAACUGGCAGUCUCCGCUCCGGAGAUUGCACCCUAUCUACCAGUCUUUUACAGGCUCCUGCAGCAGGAAGUAGGCGACCAUGAAUGGGUGAAACCCAGGGGCUCCGAGAGUGAGCUAGAGGCUGCCUGGGCUGAGUUCUGGGAUGCGCUCGAUUGGGUUCGCCUCCAGAUGGAAAAGCCUUGGGGAACCAGUUUCAGAGCAGCUUUCGGCAAGCUCCUGCCGUUAAGGGAAAGGCUCGCACUCCCUGGCAUGGCCGCUUCGGCCCGAUUCGUUGCAGGAGAUGCCACGCUAACCAGGCUCGGAAGCACUGAUUGGAAGGAUAGAUGCUACCACAUGGCGGACAGCAGCAGAUACGUCAGGGCCGUGAGCGAAGUCGUAGGGGGCGGGGAUCACUUGGAGAUCAUCGGAGUGAUGGAGCUUCUGAUUCAUUGUCCGAAGGAAACCUGGCAGGGGCAACUGAUCCUUUAUGUGACUGACAACAUGAAUGUCAAAGCAUGGUUACGUACCAGGCGCGCUUCAAACAGAUACGUGAGGGCGCUCUUGCUGCUGCUCCAGCGGCUCGAAGCGGAGAAUAGCUUCACUGUCGAUGGAGCGUACGAUGAAGACAAGGUCCAUGCGGAAAUGGAAAGCAGUGGCUGGACCCGCCUCGAGCUCAAUGAGGACUGGGAAGGACUCCUGCGAGAAGCCAUGCGCCCCACGUUGAAGCUACCAGGGGAGAAGGGCCCGAGUGCAGCUUUAGCCAUUCAGCUGGCCAACGAACAGCAAACCGUGCAUGCCUUCCCCGCCAAGAUCGCGCAAGCUGACUGGAUCGUCUGUGUUCUCACUCAAGACCCAAAAGGGCGGGAGGCAGACCUCCUUCUAAAAACCCUCGCCAGAACUGAUUGGAGAGGACGACUUAUCGUUGACCAGCCCAGGGAGCUCUCUGAAACCAGCCGAAAUCGCCUGAUGCAGCUUCAGGUUCAAUGGGGUCAGGCACAAGUGGUCGACUAUCAGACUUCACACCACGGCAGCUUCUUUGCCAGGGCCAGAAGACAUUGGCUUUUUGAAGGAACGGCCGACGAAAAGGAGAGAGUUCAAGCGUGGCGAGUUGCGCAAGUCAACGAGUGUCAGAUGUUACCUCUGCGAUCCGCAGAGGAGUCAGGUAAGGGAUUAUGCCCGCCCGACUACCUUUUCACGAGAGAACCAAACCUCAUCACCACCGGAGACAAGUGGCUUCCAAAACCAGUCGGCCACUUGGUUGACGUGCGCGCCGGCAGCAGGCACCUGGUCCAUAGCACACGGGGCCCAGCUUGCGGACCUAGGCUCAAAGGUGAGCGUCUCAAGAUCCCAGGAGGCACCCUGUUGGAAGAUGGGACGGGUCUGGUCCGUCCUCUCCUCCCAGAAGAGGUGUGGGAAAUGCAAGGGGGCCUCGCAGAGGAUUGGCGUUCCGCCGACUCGAAGAGAAAGGAUCGCAUGAUAGCAGCUGCAGUCCGGGAGCCAGGCUGGCAAGUGGCUAUGAGUCUCAUGCAGGCUCUGACUGGAACCGAUGGGAAGGCAGGAGUCCUGGACCCCGAUGAGAUCCAAGCCCACGAGCAACUAGAGGUCUGGCUGCGAGCGUGGGGGAGGAACCCGAAGGCUCCCUCUUCCGAGCUUUUCCUUACUUCGUGGAAAGAGCCACGUGUGGCAGUGGCACCCACUCAUGAGUUCGUGGGAGCGACAACCCAGGCGAAAGCAGGCGGAGGCAAACGCACCACCGUGAAGCCAGCACUCAGUGAAGUGGAGAGGCUGGUCCAGCCCGCAUCCAAAAGAGGCGGGACUACUGGGAUCCCCCGUCCCCGAGGAGGGAGCACAGCAGAGCUUGACCAGGUAGCCAUGGAAGCUGUCUUGGCCAAACUGGCUGAUUCAACUCGCAGGGUCUAUGCAUCAGGCUGGAAGCAAUGGGCGUUGUACAAUGCCAGCUCGGGCACUCACCCGUUCCUUGACGGAGAAGAGCGCUCCGCUCGGACUGAAGACGAGCAGAGGUUGAUUCGGUUUGUAGUAUUUCUACAUCAAGUCAUGGGGAGGUCCAUAGGAUACCCUGAUCCACUAGUCGGGCGACCUCGGUUGUGGGCAGCGGUUGCGGGUCUACAACGUUGGGAAGGUUGGUUCUUCAUGAUGCGGGCCAGUGAACUCUUGCCCAGUAUCAAUGGAGAAGACCCCAUGAAUAGGGCGCUCCGCCCAGCUGAUGUCCUACAGCCCCAUCGGUGGCGCAGCCCUGAAGACGAGGCGCCUUUGUUCCGCUAUGAAGACGGGACGGGGCUUGACAGAGAGGGCAUCACCCAUUUCAUCAAGAUAGCUGCAUUGGCCGUAUCGUUUGCAGUGAAGGCUGGUGCUAUGGAUGCUACUGAUGAAAGUGCCGAUGGGGGACGAAAGCCAGCAGCUCCAGAUCGAGCCAAUGCAGCGAAUCUCUUUGUAGCAGCUCACCCAGGACUAGAUCUUUAUCAAUUCCUGGGUGUUCCACCCGGUGCGACUCCAGCUCAGGUGCUCACCGCAUAUCGUCGCAGGUCCCGCGAGACUCAUCCAGACCGCUUUGCAACUGCUGGGGAAGAUGUCCAGAAAGCCAAAGGAGAGGAGUUUAAGAUGUUGGGAAUGGUCCGAGAGAUCCUCUUGGAUCCACUGAUGGCCACUCAAUACAUGAGGUGGAGACAAGAGCAAAUUGCUGCAAAGCAUGGGCGAGGCCGUUCCCCAGUUGUUCCAGCUGGUGUCUAUGCCAAGCAAGCUUCAUCAUUCCAACAAGCCAGAUCAAGUUUUGAUCGGUCCUCCACUCCUGCUGGCGCAGGAGCCAGCAGCUCGGGAGGAGCAGGCCGGGAGGUGCCUCGUAAACCACCCCCCCCUUCACAGGGAUAUCCUGGAGGAGGAGCGCAAGGAGGACCGCCCCCAGCCAAAGCCCCUCCUGCUCCAGCAGGGACCGCGCAAAAGCCAAGGAAACCUCCACCGCCCGCGAAUCCGCCUACUCCGAGCUCAAGCGCGAAGCCAAGGAAAGCACCGCCACCAAGAAAUGAUGAUGGGAGGCCCAGAGGACCUACCACCCCACCAAUGCAAAAAAUGGCACCCACGCAAGCUAUUCCAAAGGGAGCACCGCUAACACCAGCCAAGCAUUUCCCCAGGGCGACCCAACCAUACACUGGAGGGGGCAUGGUGGACGAUUUGCGAGUUCCUCGCAUCGCACUGGCAGAUGCAGGGGUGAGAGAACGAUCAGACGCUCCGUCUGAGUCUUGGUGGUCAGAGACGUCAUCCAGAUAUAGGGCCCCUUCGAGCUGGUUGGAGCCCGGGUCUGAGGACCUUCCACCGGAGAGCACCGUCCCAGACAACGAGGAUGACUAUGUGUAUGUUGAGGUGGAAGCUGAAGACGAUGACAUGGACAUCCUCCAAGACCACCAAUUCGAUGAAGAAGAUUGGGAUGAGCCGGCAUGGGAAGAGCUCCCUGAGGAGGGGAGCGGGUCUGAGCAAGUCUUCCAAACCUUCGAUCAAGCCGUGAUGCAAGGACUGCUCCAGUUCAUGGAUUUCAUGAACAGAGGACGGGCCAAGAUGCUGAUUGAAGGUGCUCCACCUAUUAUGACUUCUGUCCCAAAAGAGGUCCGGGAGGCAUGUUUGGGAGACCAUCCGGGGCUUCUAAAAAUGCAUCCCAGCGCAAAAGCAUGGCUAAUGGCAGGGACGAAAGGUGUCGAAUUCAAGAAGCCACCACCUCCUAAGCCUCCCAUGCUUUCGGCUCCCCCAAAGGUGGCUCCGCCGCCACUUCCAAAGCCAGCUCAUCCAGAACAGGUACCUGAGCCAAAGGAGCCGCCGAAAGCCCUAGCCCCCAAACCAGUUCCUCCAGUGCUGAUGCACAAGACACCAGCACCAAAGAAGCCCCCUCCGCCACUGCCAGUGAACCACUUUGGGUUUGACGAGUCUGAAGUCGACUAUGGUGAUGACGAUGAUCGAACCCCUGAGGAGAAGGCAGAAGAUGAGGAGCUGCUCGAGAAGACCAAGACGAAAGUGGAAGCUUUCCUGCGAGCACCCCCAGAGAUGAGGAAGACGCUUCGCUCCCAAGCAUGGAAGCGGUGCAAGAGCAAACUGGAGGAGCUCAACUUUGAGUUCAGCACUCGUCCACUGCCCGAAAUGCACCCAGGCAAAUUCGAGAAGGAUCUCAAGGAUGGCUUCACCUAUGCGGAGGCCAAACAACGCCAAAAGGGCCGGCAACGGGCCGCCCGACAUCAGCGAGCCUUGGCUGAAAUGGAGGGUGCCUCCUUUGAGGAUUUCCCGAAAUCCUGGUCACAUGGGUAUUCCAAGCAAGUCCUGAAGCCGGGUUUCCUCGAAGAGAAGAACAAGGAGCGGGCCCGCCGAAAAGCUACAAAGGCCAACUAUCGACCUCGCCAGUCAGCUGCUCCAGCUGCUGCAUCCAACCAGGCUGAAGCUCAAACCACGGCCAACUGGGAAGCAGGAAGUCAAUGGCAUGACUGGCAAGCGAGACGCAGCAGUGAGUGGCAAUGGCAUCAACCAGAUGUCACACAACGGAGAGAUGCAAAUGCCGCAGACGAUGACGACUGGGGCAACUGGACCAGAGAUGGGCAACGAGGCAGCAACCAAGAUGGCUGGUCCAGCUAUGACUAUGGAAACCAUCAGGGUCGACAGUGGAACCAGUGA